AUGGAGACAGCGGCCGGGAUCUGGGAACAAGUAGCCCGGCAGGUGCCUCUCGAUGUCUUGGUCCUCAUUCUGGCAGCCGCCACUUUUGCAGCUGGAAUUAUCACAUACUGCUACGAAGCGCACUCGGCUCUUGAUUGCGUUCCAAGCAGCCCAAAAGACAUCGAAGACGCCUCACCGGUGUCUGUGCCAGAGAAAGCAACAGACAUCGAGCAGGAUCGCAGACACAAGGCCAGAGAAGAUCUGCCAGAGCCAGAACCCGAAAAGUGCGACGAAGAUUCGCGCCGCAAUGGCCUUGAGGUCUGCCUCGAGCGGCUUCCAGGAGAAGCCUGGGGAUUCGCAUGGCAUAGCAAAGCAUUCUGCGAGCAGAGGCUUAUCGUCGUGGGCAUCGACCCGGACUCGCCGGCCGGAAGGUGGCAACUGCAGCGCGAGCACCAAGGCCUUCCGACGGUUCAGCGGGGCGACGAGCUCGUUUGUGCCAACGACGUGACGCAGCACAGCAGUAUGCAGAUUUCAUUGGUAGUUGCCAACAGGCUUCGUUUGAAGUUCCUGCGUGCGGAGGGUGUAGCCGAUCUCGCCCGAGGCGUUAUGCCUAAAUUGGAAGCGAAGGAUGCAUGCAAGGAGGAAGUCCUCAAAGAGACGCCAGCUUUACCGCCUUUGCAGCCGGAUACUUUUGCAGAGAGCGACACAGACGACUUGGCAGAGACCGGGAGUCAAAAUCUGUUGAACUAUGAUGGAGUGCCGCGCAACUUUUGGAGCUACCAGCGCUUGCCUCGAUCUCUUCCAGCAGAAACGGUAGAUGCAGCACCCGUGGACUCGCAAUCGGAGCAACGAGCACCGGAAGCAGCCCAACAACCACUCUGCGAAAAGACCACCGUGAGGAGUGUACCGCUGCGUUCACGCUCGGAUCCCCCAGCCGCCCCACGGCGCCGAGGAGGCAGCACGUCUCCUGCGAGCCGAGCGAGCCGCGACCCAG